AUGACGUCCACCUCCGCCUCGGUAGUAGCUGGGGCAGCCAUCAAAACCGCUCAGGCAACUGCCGCAAUCGCGAGCGCAUCAUCCUCGAGCAAUCCAGUAGCACCACCAUGGCUGGAUCCAGGUCACAACGCUUGGCAAAUCACCGCGGGCACUUUGGUCGCGCUUCAAUCAAUUCCCGGUCUCGUCGUCCUCUACGCGGGAUGGGUCAAGCACAAAUGGUCCAUCAACUCCGCCUUUAUGGCUUUCUACGCCUUCGCCGCCGUUCUCAUUUGCUGGGUCAUUUGGGGGUAUCAGAUGUCUUUUGGUACUCAAAUGUUACCACUGGUGGGUUAUCCAUCAAUAUCGGUGGACCUGGGCUUCGAACUCGAGGAUUCCAAUCUGCCCACGGCCGAUCUGACCCAGCAAUUCCCCCAAGCGUCCAUGGUGUACUUCCAAUUUGUCUUCGCGGCCAUUACACUCAUACUGAUCGCGGGAUCAUAUCUUUGCCGGAUGAAUUUCGUGGCAUGGAUGAUCUUCGUCCCGCUGUGGCUGACAUUCUCCUACACUGUCGGCGCUUUCAGCAUUUGGGGCGGAGGAUUCCUCUUCAAAUACGGCGUUAUCGACUAUUCCGGUGGAUAUGUCAUCCACUUAUCAUCCGGGACGGCCGGCUUUGUAGGAGCCUGGUGGAUAGGACCUCGUUUAGCAUCCGACCGUGUGGACGCCAAGCCCAGCAACGUCACACUCAUGUUGGUCGGAGCAGGGAUUCUAUGGACGGGAUGGAACGGCUUCAACGGAGGAGAUCCGUAUGCCGCCAGCCCCGAUGCUGGUGUUGCCGUGCUCAAUACCAACAUCUGUACCGCGAUGAGCCUUCUGACUUGGGUUAUUAUGGAUAUCAUCUUCUUCAAAAAGCCGUCCGUGAUAGGCGCUGUGCAAGGCAUGAUUACAGGCUUGGUCGCCAUCACUCCUGCAGCUGGUGUGGUGGCUGGAUGGGGCGCUAUUCUUCUUGGCCUGGGCUCAGGCACCGUUCCCUGGAUCUCCAUGAACAUUCUCGGCAGAACGAAGAUCAUGCGCAAAGUCGAUGAUACCCUAGAGGUCUUCCACACGCAUUUCGUAGGCGCCAUUGUUGGAGGCGUCGGCACCGGACUCUGGGCAACCAAGAAAGGCUGCGCCGCCUUCGGACUCACGAACCCCGGCGGGGCCGUCGCCGGCAACGGCCGCCAAAUCGGCCUGCAAAUCGUCGGCGCCCUCUUCAUCAUCGGCUGGAACAUCGUCUGGACCUCGCUCAUCAUGUGCUUCAUCAAAUACGUCUGCCGCGUCCCCCUCCGCAUGACGGACGAGAUGUGCGAAAUCGGCGACUACGCCAUCCACGGCGAGGAACCCUACACCUUUGAAUACUACAACCGGAACUACCGGCGGCUCGCCGGCUUCGAGCACCAGGGCCCAACGGACGCGGAGAAGGCGAUCCGGGAGGUGCGGAAGAGUCACGACGUUGAGCGGCAGCACGAUUUCGGCAUGGGCAAUGGUGCGGGGGACGGCAUCGUCAUCAAGGGGACGGAUCCGGAUGCCUCGAGGAACAGUACGAGUGAGGAGAUUACGCCGACGAAGGAGAGCAAGCAGGAGUGA